UUAAAUUUUAAGAAAUAAAAAAGAAGAAGAGAACAGUUUCUAACCUAAAAUUUGCACAAAAAUUUAAAAUAACUAAAUAAAAAUGAGUAUAUUAAAAAAUGUUUUAUUGCAAAAUAUGAAAUUACAGAAAAACAUAACUAGAUCAAUGCAUUUAAGUCCUGCCUGUUUAAAAUCACAGGCAGGAAGAUAUAGAAUAAGUGCGAAGAAGGACUUUCCACUUACAUAUGAAAUGGCAAACCCUCCUCAUCAGAUAGCUCAUAGAAAAUCGUGGAAUUCUUGGAAUACUUCAAAUCUUGAUGGUGGAAUUCGGCCUGCUGAAACAGCAGUAGAAGACAUUUUUGUAAGAAAAUUCGUAACAGGUACGUGGCAAGGUCUUUUUGCUAGCGAAGUCAUUAUAAAAAGACAACAUAAUAUAAUAAGAAUAGCUGGAAUAACGUCUAGAGGAAUUAGUCCGAGAAAAAUGUACUUUUUAAUUGGUUAUACAGAGGAAUUUCUUAGUUUUUGGUUACAGUGUCCAGUUAAAAUGGAGUUACAGACAAUAGCAGAUAAAAAGGAUAUAGUAUUUAAGUACAUAUAAUUUUUGUUUAUAUAUUUCAAUAAAUCAGUAUAAUUUUA